AUGGCGCCCAAGUCGAGAUUCACCAGGCUUGAUGCCUUUACAAAGACGGUCGAGGAUGCCCGCAUCAGGACAACUUCGGGUGGAAUCAUCACCAUUGUCUCGCUGAUUGUGGUCCUGUAUCUGGCCUGGGGAGAAUGGCAAGACUACCGCAGGAUAGACAUACACCCGGAGCUGAUUGUUGACAAGAGCAGAGGUGACCGCAUGGAAAUCCACCUCAACAUAACAUUGCCCCGCGUACCCUGCGAGCUCUUGACCCUCGACGUGAUGGACGUCUCGGGCGAGCAACAACACGGCGUGCAGCACGGUGUCAUCAAGGUCCGCCUUCGACCCGAGUCUGAAGGUGGCGGUGUCAUCGAUGCCAAGACCCUGUCCCUCCACGCCGAAGACGAGGCUGCUACGCACCUGGACCCCAACUACUGCGGCGGUUGCUACGGCGCCCCGGCCCCGGCCAACGCCAAGAAGGCCGGCUGCUGUAACACCUGUGACGAGGUGCGCGAGGCGUACGCCCAGGCCUCAUGGGCCUUUGGCCGCGGCGAAAACGUCGAGCAGUGCACGCGCGAGCACUACGCCGAGCGCCUGGACGAGCAGCGCCACGAGGGCUGCCAGAUCGCCGGCAGCUUGCGCGUCAACAAGGUCGUCGGCAACUUUCACCUUGCCCCCGGCCGCAGCUUCAGCAACGGCAACAUGCACGUCCAUGAUCUCAAGAACUACUGGGACACUCCCGUCGAGGGCGGCCACUCCUUCAGCCACACGAUCCACUCGCUGCGCUUCGGACCUCAGCUCCCACCCGCCGUCCUGGACAAGCUCGGCAACAAGGACAAGAACAUGCCCUGGACGAGCCACCACAUCAACCCGCUCGACGGUGUUAUCCAGACCACCACGGACCCCAACUUUAACUAUAUGUACUUUGUCAAGAUCGUUCCCACCUCGUACCUACCUCUGGGCUGGGAGCAGAGGAGCCACCUGGCCACUGUGCAUGACCACGGUGUUGGUACCUACGGCUACUCGGGCGAUGGCAGCGUAGAGACGCACCAGUACUCGGUGACCAGCCACAAGAGGAGUCUGACGGGCGGUGAUGACGGCGAAGAUGGCCACAAGGAGCGUCUGCACUCCAGGGGCGGCAUUCCAGGUGUAUUCUUCUCAUACGAUAUCUCGCCGAUGAAGGUCAUCAACCGCGAGGUCCGCGCAAAGACCUUUGCGGGCUUCUUGACCGGCCUGUGUGCCAUUCUCGGCGGUACUCUGACAGUCGCGGCCGCCAUUGAUCGUAUGACGUUUGAGGGUGUCACGAGGAUCAAGAAGAUGCAGUCAAAGAACCUGUAG